AUGGAGCCGGCGGCACAGAACAGAUCCGAAGCGGUAGAGGGACAGAGAGACAUACCUACCGCAAACCGGGACGCAAAUCCAAGAGUAGGGGAAAUUUCAUAUUCCCGCCGACCUGCACCGGGGGGUGCACUACUGAGUGGCCCGACAUCAAGGUCAGCCCGUGCGGACGAGCGUGUUAGGUCUGGAUUUAGGCAGCUCAGGUUUGCUGAUCGGGUUAGGAGGCCGCCGGAAUGCGAAGCACGGACGGAGACCGACUUGGCAAGUGUAGCAGAUGAAGGCGAGGAGGGUGUAGAAGAUCCACAGCUGCCAAGUCAGGUCGAACAGGCAGAGGAGCAGUGGAGGAAGGCGGCUGAUGAUAAGCGGAUGGCCGAAGCAGAAGCCAAGAGGAGACGGGCUGAAGAGAGGCAACGGCGCCGUGAUGGCGACACCGAUCCUACCGUCUCUUUCCCGGGAACUGGAGACAUACGUGAAGCAUGGGAGCGUGGGGCACGAGCCGCUGCAAGGGCACACGUGGGAGAGGCAGGAGAGGAGCUCGCCAGCAAUGUGCGGCAGCAUAUCGAGGAGGAUAGGGGAUACGUGAAAGUUCGCUUGCCCAGCGUAAAGCGGAAGGCGGCUGAAGAGGCCCGGAGAGGGGACGUCGACGUGCCAGAGAAUUCGGGAGAGGCGAAAAAGAAGGCGCAGAGCAACGCAGGUGCAAAGGCUCAUAAGAUGGCGGAGGUAGAGGCGCACCAGAAUGCAGAGGAUGCGGCCCAUCGGUUCGUCGAUGCAGAGGCGGCACUUACGGCAGAGGACGGGGCGCCAAAGGAAGCAGAGGCUGCGGCGCAGCAGAAGGUGGGUGCAGAGGCGGUCAAGAGUGCGGAGGCAGUCGCGCGUAAAGAAGCGGGUGCAGCAGCAGAGCUGACGUCGGAGGCAGUCGAGCUGCAGGUGGUGGAGGCAGUGGCGCAGAAGGAAUCAGAGGCAACGGCGAGCCAGAAGGAUGAGGCAGCGGCGCAGCAGAAUGAUGAGGCAGACGCACAUAAGGAAUCAGCGGCAGCAGCGCAGCAGAAGGAUGAGGGUGCGGCGCCCAGGAUGGUUGAGGCAGAGGCGCAGAAGGAAUCAGAGGCAGCGGCGCAGCAGAAGGAGGAGGGUGCGGCGCCGAAGAUGGUUGAGGCAGAGGCGCAGAAGGAAUCAGAGGCAGCGGCGCAGCAGAAGGAGGAGGGUGCGGCGCCGAAGAUGGUUGAGGUAGAGGCGCAGAAGGAAUCAGAGGCAGCGGCGCAGCAGAAGGAGGAGGGUGCGGCGCCGAAGAUGGUUGAGGCAGAGGCGCACAAGGAAUCAGAGGCAGCGGCGCAGCAGAAGGAGGAGGGUGCGGCGCCGAAGAUGGUUGAGGCAGAGGCGCACAAGGAAUCAGAGGCAGCGGCGAGGCAGAAGGAUAAGGCAGCGGCGCUGCAUAUGGAGGAGGCAGACGCACAUAAGGAAGGAGAGGCUCGGAAUAAGGCAGAAGCAGCGGCGCGGCAGAAGGCGGAGGCAGAGGAGCAGAAACAGGCUGCGGAAGAGGCACUACAACUGGCUCGGGCAGAAGCGCGGAAGAAGGCUGUUGUAGAGGCGCGGCAGAAGGUGGAGGGUGAGGCGCAGAAGAUGGCAGAGGCCGAGGAGCAGAAGCAGGCUGAGGUUGACGGACGUAGGAAGCCAGAUGGAGAGGAGGGUUUAGAUGGGAAUAAAAUGAUACAGACAGAGGGACGGGAGACGGCGGGUGCUGAGGGGCACAUCAUCGCAGAGGAAGAGGGGCAGCAUGACAAGGAGGCAGCGUCGCAGGUAUUCGCAUACCGAGAGACGCAGAGCAUGGCAGAGACAGAGCGUCAAAAUACUAUGGAGGAGGUUCGUGUGGUCCCGGAGGCUGGAGUGGGGCACUACGAGGGAGAUGCGCUGGAAACAGAAGAGGAGCAGAAUGAGGAGGAUACUGUACAUCCGGCAGUCCGGAUAUUUUUGGGAGGAAGUCCGACGCGGGGACCAGGAACCGGGGUAGAGGGGCCAUGGAGGGUGGCAGACGAUGGGGCGCCUAGGGAUACAGUGGAUCUCAACAGGCAGAGGCGGCCUACCCUUCACCAGAGAGCAGUGGAGAGGAAUCUCGGCCAAGGCGGGGUGGCAGAAGCGUUUUGGCAGGUAGAGUGGGUCGAGGCAGAGACGGCAAUACGGCGGAUGCUGCAUCGGACGAGUACAGUCCUGGUCGAACAAGGUGACAGGUUCGUCGAGGCCAAAAGCUGGGACAUAAGCCCGGCAGAGGUAACGCGUCGUCUGACGCUCUUAGCCCGAAUGGUGACGCAGACGUUCUGCAACUUGGCGGCCCGCAACAGCAGCAUCAGUCGCGACGUGGCCGAUCUGACCGUCCAUUACUGCCGCGACGCCCUGGCCAACCUGGAAGAAGUCCGCCAUGGAAACGAGGAACGGCGGCGCCAAGCUGAAACGGCGGCCAGGUUUCGCGAGCAGGUGGACACGAGACUCUCCAACUUGCAGGAGAGUAUCAUAAGGGACGAGGAGCGGAGGCAGAAGGCCACGAGGAAGGAAGCAGACGCCGCAGAGAGACGGAAGAAGGAACAACAGCAGGAGGAAGAGCGUCGGCAGAAGGAGAUGAGAGAGGGAAUGAAGGAGAUGAAGGAGGCGAUGAUGAAGGAGAUGAAGGCAGAAAUGAAGGAGAUGAAGGAUGGGAUGGUAAACCAGAUUGUGGGGAGGUUGAGCGCGGUUUUGCGAGAAGAAUCCGAGUGGCAGAAGAAGGCGAGGCAAGAGGACGCGGAGCGGCGACAACAGCAGGACGCGAAGAGGAAACAAGUGGCGGACGACGAGGAGAGACAGAAGAAGAAACAACUGGACGAGCAAUGGCGGAAGGAGGAGGAGGAGAAGAGGAAGGAUGUAGAGGCCACAGAGUGGCGGAGGAAGAAGAAACAUCAGGAGGAAGAGCGACGGCAGAAGGAGGUGGAGGCAGGAAUGAAGGAAGUGAUGGAGGCUGUGAAGGAGAUGAAGACGGGGAUGAAGGGGUGGAAGGAGGGGAUGCUAAGUGAGGUGGAAAAGCGGCUGUCAGUAGUUCUGAGAUUGGACGCAGAGCGGCGGCAAAAGGAGGAGCAGGGUAGGAAGGCAACGGAGGGAGAUCGGCGACAGAAGGAGGAUGCGCAGAGGAAGGAGGCUGAGGAGGACGAUCGGGAGGAAAGGGAGAAACAACAGGAGAAGGAGCACCAGCAAAAUGAGGAGGCGCAGAGGAAGGAGGCAGAGGAAGCAGAGCGGGUGGAGAGGGAGAAACAGCAGGAGAUGGCGUGCCUGCAGAAGGAGGAGGCGCAGCGGAAAGAUGCAGAGGAGGCCGAGAGGCAGGAGAGGGAAAAACAGCAGGAGAUGGCGCGACUGCAGAAGGAGGAGAGGCAGAGGAAGGAGGCAGAGGAGGUAGAGCGGCGUCAGAGGGCGAAACAGCAGGAAUUGGACCGCCUGCAGAAGGAGGAGGCGCAGAAAAAGGAGGCAGAGGAGGCCGAGCGGCGGCAGAGGGCGAAACAGCAGGAGAUGGAGCGCCUGCAGAAGGCGGAGCAGUGCCGAGCAGAGAAGAGGGCCAGACUUGCAUCCUACGCGGAACAGCAGCGGCAACUGGAGGCAAAGGCAAAGGCGAUGGCUGAAGAGACGGAACGAUUGGCAAGGGAGAUGGAAGAGGAGGAUUUGACCAUGCAGGGGGAGGGGACCUGGAAGGGAGUCAAGGAGGAAAUAGCUGAGGGCCUGGGGAGUUUGCUGUUGAUUGAGAGCGGGGAGGCGAAUGUAGCAGAGGGCGUGGCUAUUGUUCCCGGACAGAACGUAGAGGUGUCCAGGAGGCGGCCUAGACAGGAGGACAGGGAGCCGGAGGGUCAUGCGGCUAAGAGACGGCGUGCAGCUGGUAUACAGGAGUUGAUACCGAUAAUCCCAGGGGAAAAGAAAGGGAUGAAGAUCGACAAGUGUGACAACAGGAAAAACGCCGUAGUGGACGACAAGGGUAAGACUUUGGGUGUCUGCCUGCCGUUCAGGGGAAGCGGGUUCUCUCAACGGGGCGAGGGAGCUUUGCAGAAGUGGACGUCUGAGCAGACCGUCGGCGGCCGGAAGCGGAACCUCGGCUCUCACAAAACGGUGUGGGAGAGGGCAUACACGGUCGCAGUCUGCUGGAAGUUCUACUUCCCGGAUAUUGACAUGCAGGCAUACGGCAUGAAUCCAAACCGUAUUAACAAGUGGCGGGAAGACCUCGACUUCACAACAUUCUCACUCGUUCAAACCAACACGGCUCUUUGGCAGCAGCAGGGGGAUGGCUUUCAGGUAGCUGCCUGCGCUGGUGUCAGAAUAACUGCGUGGCAGAAGAUGGUGGGAGGCGUGGAGGGUGAAAACGGCUAUUCGACGGAAGAACACGCUGUCGGACUUGCCGCCACGUUGUCUGUAAUGUGGGCCGCAUCCACGAAUGUGGACCAGACCCAGUGGGAGACGGGCGCAACAACAGCUGCACGUGGAACUUCUACGGCCAUAGCAUCUUCUGCUGCCAGAUCGUCCACUGCUGCCACCGCCUCGUCGGCUGCCUCGUCAUCUUCUGCGGCCGAUGUGUCCUCUGCCGUCCUCGAUGCCCUUGCGACGCUUGCAGCCUCGGUUGCUUGCGUUGCGGUUGAGGCGAUGAGGUCGGUCAAGGAUCAGGAGCAUGACAAGGAAGCGUGGAUUCUGCCCCUGUCGGAUGCGCUGCUGAAAGCGCUUCCGGCAGAGUCGCGAGCGGCCGGGGAUACGAAGCGGAUGACGAGGGUGGUGACCUCUUGGUGCCUAUGCAGCAUGGCAUCAAGAGGCCUUCGCCAGCACCAGGGCGUCUGCCUCGGAGUCCUGCAGACGAAGUUGGGCGGCCGGGAUACCACAACAGGGGCGGAUAAGGAGAAGAAAACCAAGAAAUCGUCCGCGAAAAAGAACGCGACGAAGGAUGCGUCGACGGAGGAGAACACCGGCACUGGCGGCCAGGAGUGA